AUGAAAGAAGCUUGGAAUUUACAAUUACCAGAUAUAAUUAUAUUUGUAAUGAGUAGAGCAGAAGAUGAUGAUGUAUCAGUACAACUAAGAGAAAUGAUUCGAAAAGAUCUGGUUUAUGCCGCCAUUAGAGCAAAUGCAUGGUUAGUUACAUCCGGAAAAAAUGUUGGUGUCGCCAAAGAAGUUGGUGAAGGUCUUAGGUAUUAUCGUGAUUACAUUGAGAAACAUAAAUACAAUCUUCCAUGUAUUGGGAGUACCAGUUGGAAUAGUAUUGCAGGAUAUGCACAACGUGAAAAAAAAACGAAAAAUCUUCCUGAAAGUGCUAGUAGUUCAAGAAGACAUUUAGCUUACUCACACGAUAGAAGUUCAGCCGAACAUACUAUUCAGAUACAUGGCAAUGAUCAUUGCAAAGAAAAUAGAGAAUUCAAUUUAGACCCAAAUCAUACACAUUUUUUAUUAUUUGAUGGUGACGUAAAAAAUGGCGAUUUCGUUCUUCAUUUACUAGAACAUGUUGAAUGGCGUUGGAGUAUUAAGAAUUCGAAUGAUGAAGCAGAAGAAUCACCUAUACCUAUUGUCAUGGUUUUAGUUGAAAGUGAUACGCAAUUAAAUACAACAAAAGUUAAAGUAGUAAAACCUGGUAUUCCAGUUGUGCUUCUAAAAGAUUCAUGUGAAAUAUUAAAAAUGUGUAAACAUCCAGUAACAGUUCUUAAAAUUUCUAGCAAUAGGCAUGAUAGAAAUUUUGAAGAUGCUAUUUUACAAUCUUUAUCUAAUGGUAAACAACAAUUUUAUCUUGUAAAUCAAAGACAUUUUUUUUGUUUUGUAACAGCUAGAAGAAAUACUGAAAUAUCAAAUCAACAACAUAAACUAGCAAACGAACUCAUAUUAGCUAUAGCAUGGAAUAGAUUUGAUUAUGCUCGUCAAUAUCUUCUUACCGAUACAACACGACCUAAUUAUACGGAACGUGAUCUACAUCGGGCUCUUCUUAAUGCACUUGACCAUGGUCAUAUUGAUUUCAUUGAAUUACUUCUUGACUUUGGUGCAUCAUUUAAAAACUUAACACCUGAAGAUCUUGAAAAACUUUAUGAUCAGCCGUCUUAUAAUCCAUUGCCCAUUACAGAUGAACAGAAACCAUUAGACAAAAAUCAAUAUUAUACUGACUAUCUUAAACGGAUCGGAACUACGCCAUUGAAUCUAUUACUUGGUGCGUAUAUAUAUCGAUAUGCAACACAAUUAAAAAUAAACACAGACAUGCAAGAACAAUACCAUAAACAUGCAAACCAACUCGAGGACAUUGCUGUAUCGAUUAUUGAUAUGAGUUAUGAAUAUGAUAAAUGCUUUACACUUAGUCUUUUAAAACAUUCAGUUGAUGCAUUUAAUCAUACGACUCUAUUAGAGUUGGCUGAAACCGUUGAAUGUAAAUCAUUUCUUGCAUCGAGAUGUGUUCAAAGACACCUUCAAAAGAUAUGUGGUGUUAUUCUUUUCAAUUAUUUUCCACUAAAUAUCUAUGGGGAACGUCGAUCAGGUUAUGAAGGUUUAGCAAUGCCAACAUUUGAAAUGAUUCUUCAUGUCUGCACAUGGAGUUUGAUAUGUGAAGAAAUGCGUCAAGUAUAA